AUGGCUAGUGCUCUAGAGACAUUAUGUGGUCAAGCCUAUGGAGCAAAACAAAACCAUAUGCUUGGAAUCUACCUUCAAAGAUCAUGGAUCGUCCUCACAGGUUGUACCAUUUGCCUCACGCCCGUGUACAUUUUCUCAGGUCCAAUCUUCUUAGCCUUAGGUCAAGAGGAACGAAUUGUCCGUGUGGCUCAGAUCAUAGCUCUAUGGGUCAUAGGGAUCAACUUCUCCUUCGUACCAUCCUUCACUUGCCAAAUGUUUCUCCAAGCUCAGAGCAAGAACAAGAUCAUUGCCUACGUGGCUGCUGUCUCCUUAGCUGUCCAUGUCUUCUUAUCGUGGCUUCUAAUGGUUCAUUUCGAUUUUGGAAUCACUGGUGCUAUGACCUCGACGCUAGUUGCGUUCUGGUUGCCUAACAUUGCGCAGCUCUUGUUCGUCACGUGUGGUGGGUGUAAAGACACAUGGAGAGGAUUCUCUAUGAUGGCUUUCAAAGAUUUAUGGCCCGUAUUCAAACUAUCUCUAUCUUCAGGUGGAAUGCUUUGGUAA